AUGGGUGACAACAUAGGUGACAUAGUGCCUGACCAGUCCCAGCCAGGAGCCACUGAGGGGAACGGGGAGGUCACUGAGCAGGUUGUGGGCACGUCGUCUUCUGCCCCAGCAUCAAUAAAUCCGCAGAAGAAACGGAAGAAGGACAAAACCAGCCUGUCACCCCGGCCUCUCCAUCCAUCCUCCUCCAUCACCCCGGCCUCUCCAUACUCCUCCUUCAUCACCCCGGCCUCUCCAUACUCCUCCUUCAUCACCCCGGCCUCUCCAUACUCCUCCUCCAUCACCCCGGCCUCUCCAUACUCCUCCUCCAUCAACCCGGCCUCUCCAUACUCCUCCUCCAUCAACCCGGCCUCUCCAUACUCCUCCUCCAUCAACCCGGCCUCUCCAUACUACUCCUCCAUCAACCCGGCCUCUCCAUCCUCUUCCAUACUCCUCCUCCAUCAACCCGGCCUCUCCAUCCUCUUCCAAACUCCUCCUCCAUCAACCCGCCCUCUCCAUACUCCUCCUCCAUCAACCCGGCCUCUCCAUACUCCUCCUCCAUCACCCCGGCCUCUCCAUACUCCUCCUCCAUCAACCCGGCCUCUCCAUACUACUCCUCCAUCAACCCGGCCUCUCCAUCCUCUUCCAUACUCCUCCUCCAUCAACCCGGCCUCUCCAUCCUCUUCCAAACUCCUCCUCCAUCAACCCGCCCUCUCCAUACUCCUCCUCCAUCAACCCGGCCUCUCCAUACUACUCCUCCAUCAACCCGGCCUCUCCAUCCUCUUCCAUACUCCUCCUCCAUCAACCCGGCCUCUCCAUACUCCUCCUCCAUCAACCCGGCCUCUCCAUACUCCUCCUCCAUCAACCCGGCCUCUCCAUCCUCUUCCAUACUCCUCCUCCAUCAACCCGGCCUCUCCACACUCCUCCUCCAUCAACCCGGCCUCUCCAUACUCCUCCUCCAUCAACCCGGCCUCUCCAUACUCCUCCUCCAUCAACCCGGCCUCUCCAUACUCCUCCUCCAUCAACCCGGCCUCUCCAUACUCCUCCUCCAUCAACCCGGCCUCUCCAUACUCCUCCAUCAACCCGGCCUCUCCAUACUCCUCCUCCAUCACCCCGGCCUCUCCAUACUCCUCCUCCAUCACCCCGGUCUCUCCAUCCUCUUCCUCCAUCAACCCGGCCUCUCCAUCCUCUUCCUCCAUCAACCCGGCCUCUCCAUCCUCUUCCUCCAUCAACCCGGCCUCUCCAUCCUCUUCCAUACUCCUCCUCCAUCACCACGGCCUCUCCACCCUCUUCCUCCAUCACCACGGCCUCUCCAUCCUCUUCCUCCAUCACCACGGCCUCUCCAUCCUCUUCCUCCAUCACCACGGCCUCUCCAUCCUCUUCCUCCAUCACCACGGCCUCUCCAUCCUCUUCCUCCAUCACCACGGCCUCUCCAUCCUCUUCCUCCAUCACCACGGCCUCUCCAUCCUCUUCCUCCAUCACCCCGGCCUCUCCAUACUCCUCCUUCAUCACCCCGGCCUCUCCAUACUCCUCCUUCAUCACCCCGGCCUCUCCAUACUCCUCCUCCAUCACCCCGGCCUCUCCAUACUCCUCCUCCAUCAACCCGGCCUCUCCAUACUCCUCCUCCAUCAACCCGGCCUCUCCAUACUACUCCUCCAUCAACCCGGCCUCUCCAUCCUCUUCCAUACUCCUCCUCCAUCAACCCGUCCUCUCCAUCCUCUUCCAAACUCCUCCUCCAUCAACCCGCCCUCUCCAUACUCCUCCUCCAUCAACCCGGCCUCUCCAUACUCCUCCUCCAUCACCCCGGCCUCUCCAUACUCCUCCUCCAUCAACCCGGCCUCUCCAUACUACUCCUCCAUCAACCCGGCCUCUCCAUCCUCUUCCAUACUCCUCCUCCAUCAACCCGGCCUCUCCAUCCUCUUCCAAACUCCUCCUCCAUCAACCCGCCCUCUCCAUACUCCUCCUCCAUCAACCCGGCCUCUCCAUACUCCUCCUCCAUCAACCCGGCCUCUCCAUCCUCUUCCAUACUCCUCCUCCAUCAACCCGGCCUCUCCAUACUCCUCCUCCAUCAACCCGGCCUCUCCAUACUCCUCCUCCAUCAACCCGGCCUCUCCAUACUACUCCUCCAUCAACCCGGCCUCUCCAUCCUCUUCCAUACUCCUCCUCCAUCAACCCGUCCUCUCCAUCCUCUUCCAAACUCCUCCUCCAUCAACCCGCCCUCUCCAUACUCCUCCUCCAUCAACCCGGCCUCUCCAUACUCCACCUCCAUCACCCCGGCCUCUCCAUACUCCUCCUCCAUCAACCCGGCCUCUCCAUACUACUCCUCCAUCAACCCGGCCUCUCCAUCCUCUUCCAUACUCCUCCUCCAUCAACCCGGCCUCUCCAUCCUCUUCCAAACUCCUCCUCCAUCAACCCGCCCUCUCCAUACUCCUCCUCCAUCAACCCGGCCUCUCCAUACUACUCCUCCAUCAACCCGGCCUCUCCAUCCUCUUCCAUACUCCUCCUCCAUCAACCCGGCCUCUCCAUACUCCUCCUCCAUCAACCCGGCCUCUCCAUACUACUCCUCCAUCAACCCGGCCUCUCCAUCCUCUUCCAUACUCCUCCUCCAUCAACCCGGCCUCUCCAUCCUCUUCCAAACUCCUCCUCCAUCAACCCGCCCUCUCCAUACUCCUCCUCCAUCAACCCGGCCUCUCCAUACUACUCCUCCAUCAACCCGGCCUCUCCAUCCUCUUCCAUACUCCUCCUCCAUCAACCCGGCCUCUCCAUACUCCUCCUCCAUCAACCCGGCCUCUCCAUACUCCUCCUCCAUCAACCCGGCCUCUCCAUCCUCUUCCAUACUCCUCCUCCAUCAACCCGGCCUCUCCACACUCCUCCUCCAUCAACCCGGCCUCUCCAUACUCCUCCUCCAUCAACCCGGCCUCUCCAUACUCCUCCUCCAUCAACCCGGCCUCUCCAUACUCCUCCUCCAUCAACCCGGCCUCUCCAUACUCCUCCUCCAUCAACCCGGCCUCUCCAUACUCCUCCAUCAACCCGGCCUCUCCAUACUCCUCCUCCAUCACCCCGGCCUCUCCAUACUCCUCCUCCAUCAACCCGGCCUCUCCAUACUACUCCUCCAUCAACCCGGCCUCUCCAUCCUCUUCCAUACUCCUCCUCCAUCAACCCGGCCUCUCCAUCCUCUUCCAAACUCCUCCUCCAUCAACCCGCCCUCUCCAUACUCCUCCUCCAUCAACCCGGCCUCUCCAUACUACUCCUCCAUCAACCCGGCCUCUCCAUCCUCUUCCAUACUCCUCCUCCAUCAACCCGGCCUCUCCAUACUCCUCCUCCAUCAACCCGGCCUCUCCAUACUCCUCCUCCAUCAACCCGGCCUCUCCAUCCUCUUCCAUACUCCUCCUCCAUCAACCCGGCCUCUCCACACUCCUCCUCCAUCAACCCGGCCUCUCCAUACUCCUCCUCCAUCAACCCGGCCUCUCCAUACUCCUCCUCCAUCAACCCGGCCUCUCCAUACUCCUCCUCCAUCAACCCGGCCUCUCCAUACUCCUCCUCCAUCAACCCGGCCUCUCCAUACUCCUCCAUCAACCCGGCCUCUCCAUACUCCUCCUCCAUCACCCCGGCCUCUCCAGCUGAGACAUCGACCAUACGUGGCCACACAGCCAGAAUAUUCUAGAAAUUAUUCCAUAUAGUCAAGCACCAAAGACCUAAUCACUAACCAAAUCAAUGGAAAUAUGCACAUCGCAAC